UUCUAUUCUAGAUUCAGUUAAAGCGGGAACGGACUAAACGGGAGAUUUGUGUUGAAGAUUUUCCAAAAUGCACAUGUUUUCUCCUCCUUAAAACCAACUUUUUCUUGCCCCCAUCUGAAGACCGUAAUGACUCGGCUUUAGCCAGUUAUAAAGAUGUUAUUUUGGGUUUCUGUAGCGCAAGUAAACCGGAUAAAGCUAAUCUACAAAGCUAACAGUGAUCAACAACAACGAGGGGAUUUGACGAGAGUUAAAGUUACGCAGCGGAAAUUUUAAAAAAACAUUUGCGUCCAACUUUUCAAUUCUUGACUGGAUAUUUUACUUGUUGGUACUUAUGUCAAAGUUGGUUGUUUUUAAUGUUUCAUCGGAACUUUCUGCCACGGCGUGUUUUUGUUUACAACUCCCUGAGCAGCUGAGAGAGGAGACACUUGAUGAAGGAGAAUAUCAUGAAGCCCAAGCACAACAAGAGAGGGCUGCCAGACUGUGAUAAACGAGCACUGAUCCAGACGAGAGCGACGCCAUGUGCCCCUCAAACUCCUAGACCCAAACCGUUCAUGGGGAAAGUCUUUUACCUGGACCUAACGUCUAAUAAAGUGGCAGAAACGUUAGAAAGUGACAUCAUAUUAUUAGGAGGGACGGUCGAAAAAUUCUUCAGUAAAGAAAUAAAGUAUCUUGUCUCCAAUAAAAGAGAAGCCAAAUAUGUGCAGUGUCUGAGGCAGGACUCUCCAGUGCCAAGUCCAGAGUCUGGGCCCAGUUCCCCUCAGCUCUGCUCUGGCGACAGCACCAAGAGCACCUCCCAGCUCCAAAAAGACACCGUUGCCGCGAGUCGAGGAAAAUCUUUGGUGAAGAAAGUGGUGAAGGAGCAGGAGAGGAUUCAGAUGAAUAAGAUUCUCUCAAAUGCUUUGGAGUGGGGUGUGAAAAUCCUUUAUUUAGAUGAUGUAAUGUCUUAUGUCCAAAAGAAGAAAAAGAGCAUUUCCUGUCAGCAACCUGCUCCAGCAGUUGCCAAAACAAAUGUAAAAAAGGAGUCAACAAAACAUGGUUUUCAAAAGUCCAAAGGGGGCCGUAUAAGUAGACCCUUUGUCAAAGUUGAAGAUUCAAGCAGACACUAUCGUCCAUUUUACCUCCGACUGACAAAUGUCCCAGAGUUCAACCUGUCGACGCACCCCCCCUGCACUCCAUUCUGUUUAGAGAACAAAGAUGCUGCUGGAGACAAGGUCCAAUGUCCAAGAGCAGCGAGAGCUUCAGCCUCUGACGAGAGACCGAAUGAACGAAAGAAGAAGAAACAAGGAGGAUAUUGUGAAUGCUGUUUGGUGAAAUAUGACAACAUCAAAGCACAUCUACAGAGCGAUCGACACCAGACUUUUGCCAAAAGCGACGAGUAUUUAAUUGUGGACAAACUGGUGUCAGCCAUGUGCUGUAAGUUCACCCCCAUCAGAUCUAAACUUAAAAGACCAAAGUGUAGUGUUUCAUCAGUCCUGAUCGCUCCAGGACCAUUUGUGGAAACCACGUCAAGAGCUGUGGACCGAGAUGAUUCUGCUAUGAAGCUUGAGUUGAAUCAAUCUCAAAACGGUGAGAGGAGAGAAGAGCAGAGUUCAAUACCUGCUUUAAAAACCUCCAGUGCAGCGCCUCCUGUUGGUCAUACAAUAAAGAAAAGAAGAAAAGAAUGCACUUUUUCAGACUCUAAACACAAACAACCAAGUAGACAGACCCUCACCUCAAAUAUAGAAAAACAUAGGUCUCACAGAAAGGAAGAACUGGCUCCCCCUACAGGUGACAGUGCAGCACCUCGCACAGCCGUCAGUACAGCAGAUCUCUCACACAGCCACAGUCCAGAAGCACAAACUUUGUCGAGGAGAUUCAUAUUAAAUGAGACCAGUGCAGAGACUAAACAGGAGCCUGCUCUAUGCACUGCAGGAAAACUAGUGCAUGAACAAUCAAGAGAAAACUGUCUGUCACUCAAAGAGCAUUCAUCUGAGGAUUUUGUUCCUGAGGAGAAGAUCAAGAGAAAAAUUAAAGUUUAUAAACGUAAAAGACGGAAAAUGCUCAUCCCUUUGGUCACCAGUCUGAGUGUGGAGCUGAGCGAUGGCCUGACGAGACUGUGUGAGCUCUUUCAGGACAGUGACGAUAUGGACGUGGAAUUUCAUGGGUUUGAAUAAAGCACCAAAGGGAAACAAAGCAACCCACAAACUGAAUCUGCUGUAUAUUUGAAUGUACUAAAGGCCCUGAUGAUCUGAAUGUGAAAUGCAUCUGUGUGUCUUUGUGGACUGCGAUUAAAGAUUGAAAGAGAAAGACAAAAUAAAAUAUAAUGACUGAUAAGAUGACUCGAUAAAGUGACUAGUACCACAGAUAAUAAAGUGCAAUGUGUUCAGGUGAA